GCCAACAUGGCGGCGGCCCAAGGAGGCUCCCUUGCGCGCCGGGGGAUACGGUCGAGCAGCCUAUAGCGUGCAGCAGGCCCCGGCGAGCGGCCGGCUACGCGCGGCCCCGCUCCGUGGUGUUGCCCGCGUGCUCCGAGCCGGCGGCCGGAUACUCCGGGGCAUGUGCCAUGUCGACGGGUUCCAACCGAGAGCCCGCAGGAGCCGCUCAGCCGCAGCCAGGCUCGGCAGCGGUCGACUCGCACCACUUCCAGUACGUCGGACCCUACCGGCUAGAGAAGACGCUCGGCAAGGGACAAACCGGGCUCGUGAAAAUGGGGAUCCACUGCGUAGCGGGCCGCAAGGUGGCCGUCAAGAUCAUCAAUCGGGAAAAACUUAGCGAAUCUGUUCUUCAAAAGGUUGAAAGAGAAAUAGCGAUUAUGAAACUGAUCGAGCACCCGCAUGUGCUCGGCCUCUACGAUGUGUAUGAAAACAAAAAAUACCUGUACCUCAUACUGGAACACGUGUCUGGUGGGGAACUAUUUGACUACCUGGUCAAGAAGGGCCGCCUGACGCCAAAAGAAGCUCGGAGAUUCUUUCGACAAAUAAUCUCUGCGCUAGAUUUCUGCCACAGCCAUUCGAUAUGCCACAGGGACCUCAAACCGGAGAAUCUAUUAUUGGACGAGAAAAACAACAUUAGGAUAGCGGAUUUCGGCAUGGCUUCCCUACAAAUGGAAGGGUCGAUGCUGGAGACGUCUUGCGGGUCACCUCACUACGCCUGUCCAGAAGUCAUACGGGGUGAAAAAUACGAUGGCCGAAGAGCGGACGUGUGGAGUUGCGGGGUUAUUCUUUAUGCUUUACUUGUGGGUGCCUUACCAUUUGACGACGACAAUUUGCGCCAGCUGCUGGAGAAGGUGAAGCGUGGCGUGUUUCACAUUCCGCACUUCGUUCCGCCCGAGUGCCAAGACCUGCUGCGGGGCAUGAUCGAGGUGAACCCCGAGAAGAGGCUUACGCUAGCGGAUGUGACGAAGCAUCCUUGGGUGACCGCCGCGAGUAAGACAGAGUUGGAGUUGGAGCUGCCCAUGAAGGAAGUUGUACAGACCCACAUCAUUCCUUGCGUGGACGACAUCGACCCGGACGUCCUGUCCAACAUGACUUCUUUAGGUUGUUUUAAGGAUAAAGAAAAGCUAGUCAAAGAGCUUCUCAGCACAACGCAUAACACGGAGAAAGUAAUUUACUUCUUGCUCCUUGAUCGCAAACGAAGAAAACCGUCGUACGAAGAUGAGACAGAGAUCAUCAUCCGCAACCGGUCUGAAUCGGGUAAGGAGAAUAGACCUGAUCCUCCGCGCAAGAGAGUGGAUACGUGCCAAGUGAACGGAAGGUCGGGACCACGAUAUUCCUUCGAUAUGUUGAGCGAUGGAUCACCGAUUACCCCGCGGCGGUAUCCGUACGGUAUGCGGCGGGGCAGCGGGUCGGGCUGUCUGCACCCCGGCAGCGGCAUUCCGAGUCCGGCGGUGUCGCCGCUCAACUCGCCGAGACCCACACCGCGAGGCGCCACCACCCCCGACGAGAGCCCGCUCAACACGCCACCUGGAUCACCCUCCCUCGGACAACCCUACUGGCGAUCACGCCUGCACACCAUCAAGAACAGCUUCCUCGGGAGUCCGCGCUUCCACAGGAGAAAACUGCAGGUCCCUUCCGCAUCCGAUGAAGUUAGCCUGACCCCUGAUUCCUCUCCAGACCUCUCAAAACGAUCCUGGUUCGGAGGAUUAAUGGCCAACGAGAGGGAAGAAAGCCACGUGAUACUCGUCAAGGACCGUCCUUUGAGUUCUGUCAAGGCUGACCUCAUCCACGCCUUCCUUUCGAUUGCUGACCUAAGCCACAGCGUCGUGUCCCCGAUGUCGUUCCGAGUGGAAUACAAGCGGCCAGGGAGCACCACCAUGUUCCAAAGGAACGUCCGCUUCCACGUCGACAUCAGCAUCGUUGGAGACGGGAGCCCCAACGGGGGAGCUUCGCACGACAGCAAGCCUUCUGUCUACUGCAUCAGCUUCACUCUCAUAUCGGGUCCAAUCCGGAGGUUCAAGCGGAUCUGCGAGCAUAUCCAAGCGCAGAUCCUGGGCCGACGGCCAGGCAGCCACUCACCGCGCUUUAGCCGGCGGCCGCCCACCUCCGAACUGAGCGACAGCUCGUCGUGCGGCUCCGAGUCAUUGUCACCCACCCAGGUCGCCGACGACCUGGCGCACGUGCUCACCGCCACUGGCAGCCAGCCGCCAAUGGCGCGCUGCAAGUCCGACCAGGACGCCGCCUGCGACAUUUUCGAGCGGGAGGCCAAGGCGGCCGCCGCGGUCGCCGCCGCAGCGUGCCAUCGCCGCGCGGUCAUGGACGGCACGUCCAUCGCCAACGGUCGCCGCCUCAGCUACGACCUCAAAGGUUCCAGGGACAAAGUCUGACAGCCCUUCUCCGCGUGCUCGACCGUGGUCGAUCGCUGAGAGAGAACCGGCAGUAUGCACGUUGCCGCGUCCGCACGAAACAAAGUCACUGGGCGGACUUGACUGACGACGCAAGCGUGCCCGUCGUCGGCGGCAUGCAAACAGACAAGUGGGAGCUUUCACCGCGUCGGAGGAACGUCGUCGAUGCGGCGUCGCAACGCCGCCAGCAAGUGUCGUGCGCGGUGCCCUUGAGAUACGUGUCUCCACAACGCGCGGACUCGCUUUUUAUCAUUAGCCUUCGCUGGUUGCUUUCCUGUGCUGAAUUGCAAGCUUGUAAGGGGCGGCACGUAAACGGCUCCUAAUCUAAUAGCGCAACGUAAUAAGCAGGUUCCUACCCGCCGCGGUGGCUCAGUCAGCUAAGGCGUUGCGCUGCUGAGCACGAGGUCGCGGGAUCGAAUCCCGGCCGCGGCGGCCGCAUCUCGAUGGAGGCGAAAUGCAAAAACUCCCGUGUGCUUGCGUUGUAGUGCACGUUUUGACCCAGGUGGUCAAUACUAAUCCGGAGCCCUCCACAACGGCGUGCCUCAUAAUCAGAACUUGUUUUGCAUGUAAAACCCCCGAAAGAAGAAGAAGGUCCCUGCAGAGCAAAGAUUACUGUCAUCGAGGUGUCGUCGUUCUCCUGUACGGUUUUAAGAGACAAUUAAGAAAGCUAUGAUAAACUUUCCCUAUGGAUUCUUGAAUACCUUGCCUUAGGUGAAGGAUUGGCAAUCGAAAAACAAAACAAUGCCAGAACGAAAUACAGAUGACGACGCCAUUAUCUCUAACGUGAGCAAGGACUCAACUUUUCUACUUCUCUUGGCCUUUCCCUGCGAAAAAGAGUUCAAUUUUGCGUGAAUACCACGAACCAAUGUCGUAUACUGGUGUCGCCGUGGUCACGUUUCUGGUAAAAAGUUCGAAAAGUGAACUUUGUCGAUAAGUUCAUCCAGCAAAAUUUAUUCUUUUCCUCAAAAAAUAUGCAAACACGUUUUUCAAAGAGUAAUCUACCAGUCUUAACCAAUUUGGUGUUUCUCUUUAGCGUAACUUGAAUAAUAACAGAGCGCUGUUUGAUUGGAGCAAAAAUGGGUGCCGUCUUUUACAGGUGUUUAUUUUUUGUCACUUCAGUACGUGAGGAAAGGUUGGCGUGUGACGCGUGUGUAUCGCGAAGGACGGAAAGAAGGAAAAUGCUUUCUGCCCAGCUUAGGGUUGCUUGAUUCCUUUCGCAUAACUGCUGAUGGCAAGAUGACUUGGCGUUCCGGGCGGGCGGCUUUCAGUGACGUCAGCUGCGGAGAAACAGUGACGUUUGUCUUCGCGCGAACUCUGUCUCCCGUUUAGGACAUUCACUUACAAAAAAGUAUAUAUUUUGGCCUAGCCUUCUUUGAUGAGUGAUGUGAGUUUUGUUGUAACCUUGUUGUUUCCUUCCAGAGUAAACUGAAGUCGACGACGCUGUAAGCAACGAUUCGAGUUCCACUGAACGAGGUCAUCGAAGAUAACGUGCCGAAAUGCGUCAAACACUUCUUUUUUUCAACGGAGCACGGACUGUAAUUAACUGAAUGGAACGUGUUUUGAAGAAUGAAUGACACCGAGGUGUGAAGCAGAGUGUAUUUGUCCAUGGCCAUGUAGAAGUUAUGCUAGAGUUUUCUUCUAGGCAAACUUAUGAGGCUACUAUUCCAUUUUCCAGUUUACCCAAUACGAAUGCCCCUUAGCGCUAACGAAAAGCAAAGGUCAUUUCGUUAAUAGUAUAAGCUUGGUUUCUAGCUCUGCACGUAAAAUGCGAUACCUUAAAAAAGUACAUGACUUCUUACAGGCUGUGCAUAGUUCUUAAACAGUUGGCGACAUAUGAAUCGCUCGCGGGCGACCUCAGAAGAUAAUGCUAAAGUUGCGCUUAUUUGCAGGCUGCAGAGCCUGUAUGUGCCCUGCAUGCAAAUAUUUUCUUCGCAGGAUCUACGCAAAUACUUCGUUAGCUCUUCUCUGCUCGUUCAACUCAACGUGGCGUACUUGUUUUCUGAUGCGGUAUUUUAGAGGAGCACCGGAGUUGAAGGUUUCCCUCUGAGUAUGUCUUAAAAAAGCAACAAAAAAAAGUAUAUUGUGGACGUGUGGUCAAAACUUUGUCAUUGCAAAAUCGAAUACCCCUCUUCCCUUGAACGUCGUAAAUAUUUGAAACAUCUUUACCGUUUGGUCUGAUGGCAGCGUCAGCUCAAAAACUGCUAUCCACAUUUGUGAACCAUGUAUCAUGAUAACUGUCACUGUGGCUUCAAAUGCUUCUCGUGCUUCGUAGCGCGUCGCCGCUGUAAUUGCGAUGUUGGCAUCGUCAUGAUAAAGGUGAUAUAUGACGUCAUCAAAACAGAAGCGCAAUUGCUGCACUGAUUUUGCUGCAGUUGUGCGGUGUAUGUAGUUCGUUAGCAACCUUGGUUUUCAGCUCCUCCUUAGUGGGCCCUUGAGGUAACCACCAGUGAAGCAUAUUUUUGUAAGUAUAACCUCCAGUACCUUAUGAUUUCUCGCGUUCAAAGGUGUAGAAAGCUAGAAGCUUUCUUUUAUUAUCCCCUGUCAGUAGCCGUGGGCACCAAGUGAAAGGCUUCAGCAACUGAAAUCGUAAACAAGACUGCAUGAAGUUAAGCAAAGAUUCCCUGACACUAGAACAUGAAAGCGGUGCUUGUGCUGUAGAAAUAUAUUGUAUUGGUUUUGACUUCUAUUACUUUAGAAUUUCUGUAAAGGAGUCAAGAUAAUUUAGUCAAGGAAGCGAGUGUCUUACGCCGCCUUCUAUAUCUGCAUUAUAACCUAAGAUAAAGCCGAAAGCAAGCUCUCCAGAGCUGGGACCUAGAUUCACAAACUUCCUUUAUGUGAAACUUCUACAAGAUUAGCCAGCGCGUCCGUACCGACCUAUCAUGACAGCAGCGACAGUUUUCAAAUCAUCGCUUGCAACUACCUGAGUGAAGUUACGCGAAUCUUACCCAGAAUCUUGAAAGCUGCGCACGAACAUAUCUUAGCCAAUCAGAUGGGUUUAAAGCUUAAGGUACAUGAGGACAACUUAACGUUUCUUAAAACUCGUACCGUUUUUGUUAUUUUUAUCCCAGAGAAUCGCCUCCAGAAAUAAGAAGGUGGCGACGCGAGCUUUGUACAUCUGCUUUUUAGAACGUAGUGGGUACGCUCUUUUAUUUAUUCGAAACUUUGUGUCGAGGCUGACGUUUGAAACUCAGUAUUGUUGUAAUAGUGCGGAAAGUCGGGAGUAGAAAGGAUCGAGUGAAAUAACGUGGUCGGAGGUGAUGUUGAGUAAAAUUACCAGUUCAAUCUUCGUUCCCACGCAAGUGAGUUUACGAGGGCGACAAAGUUAUGUGGCCAUUUUUUCGGUAAGUUAAAGCGACUGAUAAAACAAGAAUGAGAAGCAAACGUAGCGCCCAUACUUAACACCAACCGCUGCUGCUUACGUAUACUUGAGGAAACAGCAAUUUAAAUUGUUUUUGUAUAUACGUAUACAUGCCUGUGUACAUAUAUGUGUACAAAGCUUAGAUAACUGCGACAUGGGCUUGGUUAUUGUGAUGCAAAGGGGCCUUCAGAAGAAAGGCAGAGAAGUUUUGCAUUUGUUGUCGUUGUUCUGUUCGUCGUAAUCAACGGAGGGCGAAAUCCUGCGAGCAUGAAAGUCGGUUUCAUGAACGCGUUUUGAAUCUUUGUCGAAAGUACAGUUCGGUGAAAAGUGUUAUGUUUUGACAUUGCUGACAAUAGUGUGAAUCAGUGUGUGCAAUAUGUUAAGCAAAAGUAGCUCAUCCUGUAUAGAAGUGCUUGUUCGAUACAAUGACGUUUGAAAAAGUUAGAAGGCAACACGGUUGCCAGACAUGCCUUGUUUUGUCUCCUAUAAUUAUGUUUAUUUUAUGGCAUGAUUCAAGUGACAAAACAGUCACACGCCGGUUACGUCGCCUCUGUGUUCACUACGCUUGUAAUGGUACGAAAUUCGGCAUAAGAUUCACAGAGAGUGAAUCUCCAGUAUUACGUAUUGCUCUCAGUCAUUGAAGCCUCUGUGCUCCGUUUCUCGAUACCGCGCACAAGAGAAGCCAUGCGCGUAAAAGAGUUGUUCAUGGCUUGCUUAUCUGCCUAAAUUCGUUUUUAAAAAAGAAAAAGUCAAACGUAAGCUAAAUACUGAAAUUAAAUGACAAAGUGGCGAAAUAUGUUUAUUUCGUUUGUUUCAUCGAGCUAGUGAUGACAUUGAAAAUAAAUCACAACCGGAAAAAAAUGUCAUUGGCAUGCUAAAUAAUGUUUGGUUACUGUGUUUCUUUGCGACAUUCAUCUUUCCUGUUGAUGGAUUUAGUGAAGUCUUAAACGCCAGAGGCAUUGACUGCGACAUACGCAAAAGAAAACUACCGUUCGGUUUUCGAAACAAACUUCUAGAUUCACGGGCCUAAAGAGCCUUUCUCGAAGCGAAAAAUUGAUGGACAGCGCACUAGUAUUGUCUUGUGUACGACGGAACCAACUCCGUAUUGCAAUCAUCAAAUCAAAUCGCUCGCGAGAAUGUUACAAAAGCGGCGUUCUUGUGUUUAAGUAUCUUUUAUGUGCAAUAUAAACAGUUUCAACAAUGCGUCAAUUCGGUUAUUCGACCGGUUUCCCUGGAAAUGCUGUCGCGGUGCUUUUCCAAAGCAAAAGCAACAUGCCACCUUGUUUGCUUUGGAUUUGGCCUUGGUCGACACUCAAGCCCAAUGGAGGUAUGGAAGCUCAGUGGCGAAGGCUCGUCACUCGCUUGUGAAUGAGAGAUCUUUUCGCGGCUGUGUUCCCUUGUGAAUGAAUCUAUCCUUUUUUUUUCUAGAAGCCUUAAAGAAGUAUAGAUGUAGUACGCCAACUGCAGCUGUAUAACGUAUGCUCGUUCAUUCUUUGUCAAAUGAUUUCAUUUCUCUUGCGAGCGUAUUUAAUCGAAAGAAAAUGCUGUCUUCUCAUAUGUGUUGUUGCUCGACGAAAAAGAAAUGAAACAUUGCACCGAAGGUUGUAUACUAGGUAUACGAGUGUUUCUUAUUAAACAUGUACAUAA